AUGGUCCUGCUGCCCUCUGCCCGCGCCGCCAUGCGCUCGCCCGCCCUCUCGCGCUCGCUCGCGACCCCGGCCAGCAACAUUGGCGCGACCAAGGUCCCCAUGUCGCUGUUCGACAAGGACCGCUACAUCAACUACCAGCGCAUCGAGGACAACCUCGCCGUCGUUCGUCAGCGCCUCAACCGCCCUCUCGCGCUCUCGGAGAAGAUCCUGUACGGCCACCUCGACAACCCGCACGACGCCGACAUCCGCCCCGGCGCUUCGUACCUCAAGCUCCGCCCGGACCGCGUCGCGUGCCAGGACGCUACCGCCCAGAUGGCCCUCCUCCAGUUCAUGUCGGCCGGCCUCCCGACCGUCGCCGUCCCGACCACCGUCCACUGCGACCACCUCAUCGAGGCCCAGGUCGGCGGCCCCAAGGACCUCGCUCGCGCCAAGGACAUCAACAAGGAGGUGUACGACUUCCUCGCGACGUGCACGGCCAAGUACGGCAUCGGCUUCUGGAAGCCCGGCUCGGGCAUCAUCCACCAGAUCAUCCUCGAGAACUACGCCUUCCCGGGCGGCCUCAUGAUCGGCACCGACUCGCACACGCCCAACGCCGGUGGCCUCGGCAUGAUCGCGGUCGGCGUUGGUGGAGCCGACGCCGUCGACGUUAUCGCCGACCUUCCCUGGGAGCUCAAGUGCCCGAAGCGGAUCGGCGUCAAGCUCACCGGCCAGAUCUCUGGCUGGACCACGCCCAAGGACGUCAUUCUCAAGGUCGCGGGCAUCCUCACCGUCAAGGGCGGCACGGGCGCCAUCAUCGAGUACUUCGGCGAGGGCGUCCAGUCGCUGUCGUGCACGGGCAUGGCCACCAUCUGCAACAUGGGCGCCGAGAUUGGCGCCACGACGUCGCUGUUCCCGUACAACUCGCGCAUGGGCGACUACCUCGACGCGACCAAGCGCGGCGACAUCCGCAAGUACGCCGAGUCGUUCCAGCACAACCUGCGCCCGGACGAGAACGUCGACUACGACCAGGUCAUCGAGAUCAACCUGUCGGAGCUCGAGCCGCACAUCAACGGCCCGUACACGCCCGACCUCGCGACGCCCCUGAGCAAGUUUGCCCAGGCCGUCAAGGACAACAACUGGCCCGAGAAGCUGUCGGUCGGCUUGAUCGGCUCGUGCACCAACUCGUCGUACGAGGACAUGUCGCGCGCGGCGUCGAUCGCCGACGAGGCGGCCGCCCACGGCCUCAAGGCCAAGUCGGGCUUCACCAUCACGCCCGGCUCGGAGCAGAUCCGCGCCACGAUCGAGCGCGACGGCCAGAUGAAAUCGCUCGAGCAGAUUGGCGGCACCGUCCUCGCCAACGCGUGCGGCCCGUGCAUCGGCCAGUGGGACCGCCAGGACGUGCCCAAGGGCACCGCCAACUCGAUCAUCACGUCGUACAACCGCAACUUUACCGGCCGCAACGACGCCAACACGGCGACGCACGCCUUUGUCGCCUCGCCCGACCUCGUCACGGCCAUGGUGUUUGGCGGCUCGCUCACGUUCAACCCGAUGACCGACUCGCUCAAGGGCGCCGACGGCAAGGAGUUCAAGUUCUCGGACCCGUCCGGCAAGGAGCUCCCGCCCCGUGGCUACGACGCCGGCGAGAACACGUACGCGGCGCCGCCCGAGGACCGCGCGUCGGUCAACGUCAUCGUCGACCCCAAGUCGGACCGCCUCCAGCUCCUGACGGCCUUCAAGCCGUGGGACGGCAAGGACCCCAAGGGCCUCCCCGUCCUCAUCAAGGCCGUCGGCAAGUGCACGACCGACCACAUCUCGGCCGGUGGCCCGUGGCUCAAGUACCGCGGUCACCUUGAGAACAUCUCGCAGAACUGCCUGAUCGGCGCGAUCAACGAGGCGAACGGCGAGGCGAACAAGGUGCAGAACCAGAUGACGGGCGCGUGGGGCGGCGUUCCGGAGGUCGGCGCGUACUACCGCGACCACGGCAUCGGCUGGGUCGUCAUUGGCGACGAGAACUACGGCGAGGGCUCGUCCCGCGAGCACGCCGCUCUUGAGCCUCGUUUCCUUGGCGGUACGGCCGUGAUCACGCGCUCGUUCGCCCGCAUCCACGAGACCAACUUGAAGAAGCAGGGCAUGCUCCCGCUCAACUUCAAGAACCCGGCCGACUACGACCGCACGCCUCGUACCUGCAGCGGCUCUACCGAGGACCUUCCUCUCGUUCACACCUUUAACCAAGGCCAGAUCGAGUGGCACCGUGCCGGCUCGGCGCUCAACCACAUGGCCAGAGUCCAAGUGGGCGUGAGCCAGUAG